AUGAUGCCUAACUUGCUAGACUUGGCCGCUAUCGCCGACUUUCGCCCUCAUGGAGAUGAUUUCUCGGCCGCCAACCUUCCAGAAGCCAAGAAGGGCUUAGAUUUUCACAAGUCAAACAAGACCUCCGAGAGCUGGGUGAAGACAUAUCUUGGCCAUGGCGGAGAUCCCACCGACCCUCCUUCCAUCAAUGGCGUAUCCUACACUGAGCAUGUGGCUUUCCUUGUGAUAUGGUUGUGCAAGUUCUUGGCAUGCCCAAAAUCCGGCGGGAUCACAAAGGAAUUUCAAGCCUUAGCAGAUGUACUUGCGGAUGGCCAUCAAGUGGCCAUGGGCCCAAUCUUUCUUGCCUAUCUUUAUAGAGGGCUCCAUGAGCUAUAUUUUCCAGAAUUAAGUCCCACCACCGUUUGCCCAAACGAUAAAGCGCUUUUAGGUCCACCUCUGCUCAACGCCCCAUGCCGGAAGCAUUAUGUUGAGGAUUGCUUCCAAUUUUUCUAUGAGUGCCAGGAGAGGAUUAGGGAGCAUCUCUCCAUUUGCCUAGAUCACUGUUUCCCGGAUUAUCUUGCCCUGGAUCUUUCCUCAUAUCCCACGGCGGAGACAAAAGAUGAGAGACAUAAUAUGUGGGCGAGCAUCCUCAUCAGCCGUGAUCUUCCAUAUGGCCUAAUGGUGAACAAAGGUAGAAACUAUCAUUGUGGUGGUGAGCUUUAUUAUCCCGCUGCUGUCGGUUACCAGCUUGGUUUUAUACAGAGCAUCCCUAUACCACCCAUGGAUUCCGUCAACCUGCUUUCCUCUUAG